UAUUCAGUCUAAUCGGAAGGGUACCCUGCAUCCGAAUUACUGCUAGCACAACACGUUCUGGUGCAGACACCAUUUUCGUGCUACACUACUGCAAACCAUUCCCGACAGGGCUGCAGUGGACAGCAACUAAAUGUACUGAAGGCAGGCUUUUGCGCACAUAGAGACCAUCAACCACCACUCGACAAGCACACGGCGGAUCCGGCUGGCACGAUGGAAGCCGAAAUGGACGAAAUUAUCGCGGGGCUUAAGAAUGCCACCCUGGAGAAGAAUUCGGAGCGUGCCCUCCCGUUGCUGAAGCAAAUAUCAGAUGCAGAAACGAACCUCUGUGAUAAAUACGACAUUAAAAACGAUUUGCUAGAGCUGCUCCAGCUGGAUGAUACCAAGGUGCACAUUCAGGCAGCACGUUGCAUUGCCGAGGUUGCGAAAACGGAUAACCAGCGUGCAAAGUUCUCCAAGGAGGACGUUAUCCGGCGCCUCACGGAUUUACUGCGCGUGCCAACUCCGAAGGACAACUCGGUCGACGCUUCGCUCGAACUGGCCACUCAGCUGUGCCGGGCGCUUGGCAACAUUUGCUAUGCGAACGACGACGCCCGCGCCAUCAUCAAGGAGCUCGGAGUGGACGAACGGUUCUUCGCCCUGCUGGACUAUGACGUCGACACGGAUAGCGAGGACCGAGAUCAGUUCGUACGCGUCCGGUGCGGCCUUAUUUCGAACUACCUGCUCGGCAGUGACGACAUUGCCGAGCGUGCCGUCGAGCUCAAGCUAAUCGAUAAGCUGGAAAAAAUCCUAACCCGCUGUCUAACGGAUGUUGAUCAGCACGAGGAGCUGCUGCUAAGUAUUCUACCACCGUUGAGCAUCCUUACCGAGCAGAUAAGCGAUCUCUGUUUCGCGCCGUCAUUGAACAAAACUAUCGCAAAAAUUCUGGCAAAAUGUACCAACCCCGACAUAGCCGAGUCCUGCCUGGCCCUGCUGCACUACGAGGCACAGAACGACGACGUCAAACUGCUGCUCGCCGAGGAAGGUCUUUGCGAAACCAUCUACCAGCUGUUAGAGAAGUACAAAACGUUUGCAAACACCGACGAAGCGCGAGUGCUCAUGAAAUUGGCAUGCGAUUUGAUUGUGCUUAUACUGACGGGAGAUAAAUCGAUGCAUUAUCUCUACACGACGCCCCUGCUGAAGGGCAUGGAGGACUGGCUGGACUCGUACGAUGUGGAACUGCUGACCACCGGUGUACUGGCGCUCGGUAACUUUGCCCGUACCGAUAGCCAUUGCAUUUAUAUGGUUGAGAAAAAAAUUGUCCACAAAUUACUCUCAAUACUGGCGAAAAAUAAUGGCACCGAGCAUCAGAUGACGCUUCAGCAUGCCCUGUUAAGUACGUUGAAGAACAUAGUGAUUCCCAAACCGAACAAAGCCGCCUUCAUCGAGGCAGGCCUGGUGGAUAUUAUUUUGCCAAUGCUGGAAAUACACCAGGCGCCGGUCGUAUUCAAACUGCUCGGCACCCUCCGCAUGACAGUGGAUGGACAAGCCAAACUUGCAUCGGAAUUGUUGCAGAAUGAAAAGCUAGUCAAGCAGCUGGUGCACUGGAGCCAAACGUCCGAGUUCACUGGCGUGCUGGGAGAAUCCCUUCGGCUGAUGGCUUGGCUGAUCAAACACGCGUACUACCAACAAAAGGAUAGCGACUCGGUUACCCUGGACGACACCGGGCUGCGAACGUUUGUAGCGAUCGAUGGAGCCGUGGCCAGCAUGGUCGGUAUGCUCGCUUCCACGCACCUGGUGAUGCAGAACGAGGCGCUCAUUGCGUUGACCAUACUGACAACCAUUUUCCACAACAAAACCACCGAUGGCGGUUCGAACUUGGAUCAGCUGUUGGUGCAAUCGAACGUCGGUGCGAAGCUCGCGGAACAGAUCACCCUGAACGGGGAAUCGAUGACGAAGGAGAUUGUAGAGAACCUACAAACUUUCGUCAAACAGCUGCAUUCUUCCAGUGACGCACUGGUGGCACAUCUGCGAGAGCACAACAUUGAUGAACUCCUUAAAACAAUCCCUAGUCUGGUUGAGUACUGCACGCUAUGAAGCAUUUCGGAUGGGAGCAACGUCGUUUAAAUGGCCCAGUGUUUUCUGUUUCAAUUUGUUUUACACGAAUAUUUUUUAGAUUAUAGUUUACCAACAAAAUUAUCGUUGUGAGUAUAUGAACGGGGGGUCCGCCACAGCCGAGCGGUAGCGCCGGUUCGAAAAUCGGCCCAUGAGCACUGAGGCUCACCACCUCGAUGGCGUGCGUUCGAAUCCCAACCGAUACCGUACAGGGGAGGACUGACUAUCCACGUACACAAAUGGAAAAAAAGUCUUAUAAUCCCUCAAGAAAAUUACGCUAAGAAGAAGGGUAUACGAACGAUAGUACGCACAACUACAUUGUCAGCAGGACGAUUGGUUCGGAUUGGUAUUUAUACGAUGUGUUAAAAGCACACACACCAUUUGGGCAAACGUUUUUCAAUCACAUGCUUAUUCUGAAGCAUAUGACAGAAUUUAUGUUAUUAAAUUAUGUUUUCUCAAUCAAUUGUUUCGAUUCUUCUGACGGCGACAAUCUAAAUUAGAAGAAAAGUAUCAUCGGACCUUUCGUCUAGGUCUUGCGUUCGUACGCGUAGAUGUGUCAUGCUUCACAUAAUAUUAUGCUUAUACACACACGCCAAAAGUCGCUGAGAAUAUAUAAUCGUUGCCAACAAAUCAGUAACUUUACGCAAUCGAAUCAAACUCCUCCAACAGUUUAUAUGUAGCAUGUAGACACCUAAUUUUGCGAUCACUCUUGACAACAGAUUGAUACAACACAAAACUAUACACAGUAUAGCGGCCCAUCCAACUGACCAGUGCUUAAAAAAAUCGACUUACUAUUUUAAAUGUGUUUACAAAAGCAAUUUGUAGGUAAGCUUUAAUUUACAUGAAAAAGUAUGAAAAUAAUUUAAGUAUAUACUUUCUUUGGGUGUAAGCAAAAACAUGAACAAAUAAUCGCAAUCCGUGCAAACCUGUUUGUUUGCGAUACAGACCACAUGUAGCAAUUUCAAAUAGCUCGACAAAAAAAUUGAAGGAUAAUACAAAACAAACACAAAAACAAGUAUCAACAGAAAACCGGUGCAAACAAAAAGUUAGAAAUGAUGUUUCGCUUCUUACAUGGAUGUAGCGUGGACCGCACCAUUAAAGCCCAUGGAUAGGAAAAGCAAACAAAAUACAGCAUAUUUUAAGCCACUUAGCAGUUUUAUCUUUUGGAAUUUUUGAGCGUGGAAUAGAACGAAACAGUUUUUGAAUAGUGUUUAAGAGAUCAUAUUUUAGGAGUAAUAUUAACUCGAUCAGAUAGUCAGAUAUCAUUCACGACUCACGAAGGGUGAUGCAAAAUGUAUGCCACCAAAAAUACCUUUACAUGUUAGGAGAGGUAACGACGUUGGGGAGAGAUUAACCAAAAUAGCAACAAUCAUUAUACAGAAACCGACAGCAUUUAUUUACCAUAGUGGAAUAAAACAGUAGAUGAUAAUGCACACAUCACAUACGAUAUGAAACAUUUCAACAGCUAAGUUGCAUAUUGAUGUAGGGUACAACGAUUUUUUUUUUCACAUCCCUCACACCCAUCAAUCGAUCAAAGAGUUAGUUAGUGUAGUAUAAUUUUCUAUAUAUUGCCAUGUUGUGCUCAACAUGUUUUCCAUGCCGAUCUCCUUCGAACUUAAUAAAACGUGUCAGAAUAAAACUGCGCAAGCUUGUACUGUGGCAGAGAUAUAAGCGUCUAUGUAAGAUCACUCUCAUAAACAAUACAACCUAAUAUAUUCAGUAUUUCAUUACAUUUAGAACUGUCCAAACACAGAAUCCGGAUAGAAGAGAUAAGACCGCGUAAGAGAUAAGAGACGCCGUGGAUGCGCGUUUUGUUUCGCCCUUUGAUAGAUACACACACGUUGUUGCAAUUCGAAAUAAAAUUAAAGCUAACAAACGAAAAUGAAAAUGGUAAGCAAUCUUUGCAAAGAAUGUUAUAACAAAGGUAAUUUAAAAAAAGUAACAAUAUUCCCCACACAUAAAAAUAAUGCAAAUAAUAUAAAGUUAAACUUUGAACAAAGUGCUAUACAAAGAAAGUUUAUAAAAAACGGAAACGAAAGAGAAAAUUUUACUAUUCCCAGAUUUUCUUACAAAUUUGCAGUAAUUGAUCUUAACUUGAAAAAUGUUGAAGUUGCAACGAAUUAUGCCCCGCGGCUCGUGUUCCUUUCAGCAUGUGUCGCGUGAAGCGUGUUAUAAACCACGUGAUUAUCCAUAGAUAUUUAAAUCGAUGGUUGAUAACAACAAAAAAGAACAAGAUGUCACAUUUAUAGCAGCUUUUUGCAGUUCAAACAAAAAAUAGAAGGUGAUAGACUAGACGAAACCCGUAGCACACAAGAAACCUGCAUGAUAUAAUUUGUCUUUUCAUGGGUAGUUCGUUUUCAUCCAAAUAUAAAUCACCAAAAAUGAAACUAUGGCGAUAUUAGAGCACUACAACAAACUGGAAUAACUCAGCUCAGUCACAUAGGUCGUAAAUUUAAGCCAUAAUUGCAUAUGAAAUAAACAAUUUUACUGAUAAUAUACAACUAUGUUGCCAACCGUAAUCAACACGUUUCUUGUGAAGGCAAGCAAUUUUGAAAUACUCACACAUUCAUAAUUUCCUGGAACUUACAAGUACUGUUACCAAGUUAGGACACAAGUGCUUUGAAAAGUUAUGUUGAUAAUUUGUAAUUUUUGUUUUCCCUAUUUCUAGCUUUUAUAGUUUUCGAAAGCUUAAGCUUGAUAAUAAAUGAAAACAAACAUUUCAAAAACUACAGCGCCAAAUGAUGAGGUUUUAUUUAAUGUAGUAAACGGUUUAACAUGUUGUCCACUUCACACAGGAGCUCCAAUAAAACAUUUGAUUUAUGUAUCUACUCAUGGUUGUCAAUUAUUUUAUUGAUGCAAAUAUACGAUUAUGGUUUUACGAUCACCUUACA